GACUCUUUAGCCACAAUCACAUUGUAUAUAUGGUUGGGGGCUACUUUCACAAAAGGGAUGUGUGCGUGGACAGACCUAAGGUUGUGGAUGUGGAUGGACUUCAAUAUUUCGAUCUUGUUUAUAUGUUUGAUCCAACCAAGUUUGAAGAAAUUCCGCUUGAAAAUAUUAAACCACUUCAGAACUUAAACUGUGAUUGCAUGAUGUAUCCUAACGUCAUUCGAGCUGAGGAUCGGAUUUACCUGUUGUCACUGCCUGAUUAUUUUGGUCAUAAUUUUGACAUGAUCGGACACGCCUUCCAUUUUCAAUACUUUGAUCCAAACAAGAAUUUGUUUAAAACCCUGCCACCCCCACCCGUCCUACGUGAUUAUAAAUUAAUGAACAUGGGUAGACUUGAUGCACGGUGUCAUUUUUUCCUUAGAGGUUAUAUAUAUGUGUUUAUUACAGACGCCAAGACUUGUUUUCAAACAUCUAAGUUCAACACCAUAAAUUCAGAUUCAGAAUGGGAGGAUUGCAAGUCCAUGGUGGACAAAUUUAAAGAGAAAAAUAUUCCUUUUCCCUUCUUACAUACAUGUUGGCGAUAUGGGGAUUUCGAAUGAAUUGGCUGAUAACACUUGGAUUCUAGUCGCCCUUAAUGGUGGUGCUCUGCCCAUUGCAUAUAAUGUUCACCUUAGUGACAAGGGUGAUAUUGAUCCUAUAUCUCAUAGGGUUCUGGCUGAACUUCAUACUUCGGAUGUUCAUAAGUAUGGCAGAAAAAAUGAUUGGAAACAAUUAGCUGAUAUGGGAGGUGGAAGGUUUUGUGUGAUGUGCUGUGCUUUAGAUGAAGAUUUUUUGAUAUACGGCUUCGAAAUUGAUUUUGAACUUGAAUGGACCAUUCAAAGUGAUAAAACUAAAGUGAGUUCGUCAUCUAUUAUUUUCAAAAUGGAAUUCGAUCAUAAUUACCCCAUCCCUUUGAAGAGUGAACUUACCGGUUUCUGUAUAGCCUCUGCUCCGCCUCCUCUUGCAUCUCCUAGCUCUGCUCCUCCUCCUCUUGUAUCUCCCGACAGUGAAGACCAAGACAAGAAUGAUAGGAAGAGUAAGAGAAAAUGGGGGAGUGGAUUGUUUGUAUAUUUACUUCCAACUAUGUCAGCUCUGCUCCUCCACCUCAUCUGGGGCCGCUGAGUAAGUUUUCUUCUUCUUCUUCUUCUUGCGCUUGUCAACUUUGCCAAUUCUCUUUAAUGCAACUUGGAAAAACUUUAAAAUUUUCAUUUGUAUGUUUUAUUUGCUUAAUAUAGUAAUCAACAGUUUUAAUUUAUUGGGAACAAAGGGUAUGCUUCUUAUUUCUUACUGAAUGUGAAGUGUUCAAACAUUGAUAAAUGUGUUUCAUUCUUUCUUAUCUGGCUUAGUUGUUCUUGAUGUCUUAUACAUUAUAUGUAUACAUAUGUACGUAAUGUGGUAAAUUAUAAAGGAAAACUAGCUUUAGCUACACAAAGUUUGCAAUAUAUAUCUAGUGCACAUCAAGUAGUGUGUGUAUACAAAAUGUUUGAAUGGAAAGAAGAAGAUUACCUUGAAAACUGCUUUCUUGUUUCCUGGAAUUCUUUUUGCUGUCUUCUUUGUACUGAAUGCUCUGAUCUUGGGGGAGCAAUCUUCUGGAGCUGUUCCAUUUGGAACUAUGUUUGCUUAGGGUUUGGUAUCUCAGUUCCAUUAGUGUUUGUAGGCAGUUAUUUAGGUUAUAAAAAUCCAGCUAUGGAAGACCCUGUAAAGACGAA